AUGACUCCAAUCAGUGACUGGGUCUUGCAUCGGUGGACCAAGACUGUGUUCAUUGUCUCGCUGGUUUUGUGGUUGUUCUUGUCGUCGAACUACCACUCAAGGCAUCCACAACCGGGUCUGGUAGAACGUCAAUCCGGGGAGAGACCAGUUGAUUUGGUCCAAAACGACCCCAAAGACCAACCGGGCGAACCUGUUGAGUCUCAACUCGAAGAUCAGCGGCUGGAUUCGCCUCAUCAUGAAAUAAGAGACGAGUCCACGGAUCUAGUACAACAUGAACCGAGAAAAAAGCGCCGUGCUCUCGCACCUCGCGAUGACUGGAAUGGCCGACCCAUCACCUGGUCGGUAUCUUUGUCGACGGGGAAAAUGCUGGAUUGCGCAAUGAAUGCCGAUGAGCAGCAGGAAAUCUCCAAGUGCUUCCAAGGGAAACCGGUGCAGGCCACCAGCCCUUAUACUCAAUACGAGCAAUUAAAUCAAUGGGGUUGGGAUCAAAGCUCCCUUCCGCAGCAAGAUUAUCUAGAGGAACUGUCAGAGGCGACCAACCGACUUGACGAAGUUCAGAGCUGGUUGGGGCACAAUUUGAAACAAAAGAGCAGAUUGAUUAUAUGGGACCACUCUAAGACCGUGACCAAAGGAGGCAAGACCUACGAUGCUACCCGAGGUAUCUAUAAGGGUCUCUACAAUGCUGUCUUUGGGUUCAUCAUCGUCCUCGAUGUUUCCAGUCCCCGACAUGCCGUUUCCAAGAUGUCAUGUCCGCCUGAAAAUGUGGUCGAGCUGGAAAAAUGGUCAGAUGUCACUGCACUGCAAUGGGGGCAGCUGCUCGAGACGUUAAAAGAUGCCGUCAGUUUGAAAAACUUGAUCUAUGCCCCCGUCACCAAUACGGAUUCCGUGAGAACCAUGCGCGAAGCCCUUGGAGUCGAAGCGAGUUUCUCCGAGUGGCAGAACUAUGCCGAAAAACGCAAUUUCAAGAAGUUUUCCAGGGCUUCGAAUGAUAAACGAUUCUUUGCGUUGUUGGGAUCGCCAAGCGUCCGAGGAGCUGCGUGGAUGCUCAUUCAACAUCGGCCGAUCUUUGGCCAUUGGAGAGUUGCCAGUAUUACAAUUUUUGGCAACCAAGUUGGAGUGUGGAAGCCAGGGCUGAUCGUGGAACUUGAACCGGUGAAAUAG